AUGAAACAAACAUACUAUGGUUCGGUUCCUGAUGAAUUACAUUCUGACGAUUCAACAGAUGCAAAAGUCGUCUCUAAAGAUUCUUUGGAAUUGGCAUCAUCUUGGAGGUGCUUUAAUGCAUCAGGUCAAGUGAUAAAUAAGGUGAAGAGUAAAUGUUUUGUGGGUGGAGUAAGUGGAAGUAGAAGAAGAACUAUAGCUGAGAGCUUGCAAAUGGAACUUUCAGAUUUUCCUGACAAAUAUUUGGGGGUGGUUUUAAAUCCUGGUAGAGUAAGAAUUAUCAAUUUUGGGGCAUGUAUACCUGUUUACAACAUGUCAGUGUAUAGAUGGCCUGCAAAUGUCAUAAAAGAAUGUGAAAAUAUUGUAAGAAACUUCUUAUGGUCUGGGGAUCCUGUAGUGAAAAAGCUCAUUACUGUAAAGUUUGAGGAACUUUGUGUACCAAUAACUGAAGGUGGAUUGGGAAUAAGAAGAUUUGAAGUUAUCAAUAAAGCACUUCUCAUGAAGUUACUAUGGAAAUGA